CCUGAGUGGGGCGGUGCGUUCCCGGGCAGCGUAGAGGAAGUGGGAGACCAGCGGAAUUGGCGGGGAUCUCCACCGGGAGCGGCUCCACCAUGUCGAAGGUUUCCUUUAAGAUCACGCUGACGUCGGACCCGCGGCUGCCUUACAAAGUACUUAGUGUUCCUGAAAGUACACCUUUCACAGCGGUCUUAAAGUUUGCAGCAGAAGAAUUUAAAGUUCCUGCAGCAACAAGUGCAAUUAUUACCAAUGAUGGAAUAGGAAUAAAUCCUGCCCAGACUGCUGGUAUCAGUUAUAUAUGCUUUUGGCUACAAGAAAGAGAAAACCUCACUAAUAAGCAUUAAAAGGUGUUUAAUACAUAGAACCGAAAGUGAUGGAAAUGUUUUCCUAAAGCAUGGCUCAGAACUGCGAAUUAUUCCCAGAGAUCGUGUUGGAAGUUGUUAAUAUCUGCUACCUGGAACAUAAGAUGACCUUUCCAAAUAAAUAUUGGUAUUGUUGUAAAACUGAAAUCAGGCAUUUAAAACACUAUGAAAACACCAGUAGUUGAUGAAAUAAUGAAGGGUAACUCUGUCCCUUCUUGUUAUUCACACUCUUCCUGUGAAGAGGGACUGCUUAUGCAUAGAGGUUAUCAUCUCCACAGAAGAUCAUAGUCUGUCAUUGCUACCUCACAACACACACAGGUAGUUCAUUCGGGCUAAGUGGAUUAUCCAGCUGUGUUUUGUAAGUGGUGGAUGCUUCUGAUAACUCUUUCUGAGAACAUUUGGAAAAUUGAAGUUUACUGAAUCUUCCUAUUUGUCUGAGUUAAACAUUUAAAAGGACUAUGGGUCAUACAUGGCAGUUUGCUUGAUAGCAUCUGACUUACACACUUAAAAAUAGUUGAAUUCUCAAUUGUAUAUUGUUCAUGAUAAAGAAUAUAGACAUAAUCAAUGAAUACGUAACUAUCUUUAACUUUUUAUCAUUUAGGUUUUCUUAAGUUUCAAACUAUAUCAGAGACUCCAAAAUUGAAUUUUUUGAUCUAGCCCUUUUGUGUAAAAUUGAUACCUCACACUAAAGAGUUUUAACUAUGAUCUUGCAGAAUCCACUACUUGGUAAGAAUUGAGAAUAAAGUUAGAAGCGUUCUUUGCUAAGUUGUGUAUCCUUUGUCAGUCUCCGAAUACGACCUUUAAAACAGGAAUCCUCAAGAAACUCUUGUCUUAUUGUGAGGGUCAUAUUUCUAAAUAGCAUUCAGGAAGAGAGUAUUGGAAAGAUCUGGAAUUCUUAACAGAGCUCUAGGAAAUGCUAAUUGGAAAUGCUGAUUAUUAUACUUACUAAAGACCCCACAUUUAAGGAGGUUAACUUAAGUUUAGUCACUCAAGUGAAUAAGAAGUCAGGAAAGGGAUCCUGGGGAAACCCCAAUGACCAGUUUUCUAGUGAGGAGGAGAGAAACAAAAGACACAGUGAAGGGGAACAGAAAGCUAUAGCAAAGCAUCACAGAAAAAGCCAACUGGAUUGGCAAAAGUGCAGAGUGUGUGUUGUGGAGAACGAAGGGGAAAAAAUAUCUGACAUUGUCAGAAGGAGCAGAAGGCAAUUAGAGAAAGCAAAGUGUAGGCUUUGUCAACACACAGACUUCAGAAUUCUCCUUACGAUAAUCUAAAGAAUGAUAUGCAUAAGGGAAGACUUUAUUUGCCCUUAGAGAGGAAAUCAGUAUCUAUGCGAAUUUUGAAAGAUGAAAGGAAGGUUCAUAGUGAUGCGGAACCAGUGCUUGGCCUGCUGCUAUAUACUGGAUGGUGAGCUCCCUGGAGGCAGGCUUUGUGUCUGUCUUGCUCUUCUUAGACCUGGAAAUGGAGUGGGCUUUCAGUAAGUACUUGCUGAAUUAUUCAUGAAUAAAUUAUCUCUAAGACCAAUUUUUAUCUAAGCAUGUUUCAGUUAUCUUCCCUGUCAUAGGCGUUAGGUUCAUUGGGAAAAAAAUGUAUAAGGAGAUGCAACCGGGUCAGCAUCUCAAGGGUGACAUUGGUAGUUUAAGAAAUUAACCAGAUGUUGUCAUAUAUUUGACAAAUGAACAGUGAGAUUCUGAAUUGUAAAGGUUGAAAAGUAUGCUUCUAAUAUUUGGGGAGUUUUUAUUUUUCUAAACAAAACUGUUGCUCAAAGACCCCAGGUUCUUAAUAAUCAUUAAGCCUCAGUUAACCAGAAAUUUAUGAAUACCCAUUCUCUGAGUUUUUUAAUUUAGCUCUCCCUCCAUCCUGUUUGUACAACAAAAUCUGCCUGCUGUGUUACAUAAGUUAUGAUGUCCUGUGCCAUAAAGUAAUUUGUUUAAUAUUUUUGUUCCUUGGUUUUGAAAGUUUUGUUAUAGUAAGUCCUUAAAUUAAAAACAUUUCCUAAAGAACUGGAUAUUUGUUAUUAAAUAAAUGUGAUCUCUAAGUUCUUUGUGCAGAA